AAUUACUAUGAAGUCUUCUUGGUUUGUACUCAUCUUGGCAGUGCUCAGUACUGAACUGCUAACAAGUCACUGUUCCACCGUCAAGUCCCCAAGGUUCAGAGGACGUGUGCAGCAGGAGCGAAAAAAUAUCAGACCAAAUAUCAUCCUUGUACUCACAGAUGAUCAAGAUGUGGAGCUAGGGUCCUUACAAGUGAUGAAUAAAACCAGAAGGAUUAUGGAGAAUGGAGGGGCUUCCUUUAUCAAUGCAUUUGUAACCACCCCGAUGUGCUGCCCAUCACGUUCCUCCAUGCUGACUGGGAAGUAUGUGCACAACCACAACAUAUACACCAACAACGAAAACUGCUCUUCUCCCUCAUGGCAGGCUACUCACGAGCCACGAACCUUCGCUGUGUAUCUCAAUAACACUGGGUAUAGAACAGCUUUUUUUGGGAAAUACCUCAAUGAAUACAAUGGCAGCUACAUCCCUCCUGGGUGGAGAGAGUGGGUUGGAUUAGUGAAGAACUCUCGCUUUUAUAAUUACACCAUUUCUCGCAAUGGUAACAAAGAGAAGCAUGGAUUUGAUUAUGCAAAGGACUACUUCACAGACCUAAUCACUAAUGAGAGCAUUAAUUACUUCAGAAUGUCUAAGAGGAUAUAUCCCCAUAGGCCCAUAAUGAUGGUCAUCAGCCAUGCUGCGCCCCAUGGCCCCGAGGAUUCGGCACCGCAGUUCUCAGAGCUCUACCCCAACGCUUCACAGCAUAU